GAGGAAUCCUAAUUCAUGAAGCAGUAGUUUAAUAGAUUUUAUAGAGAUGUGGAAGCCAGUGAGGAGCUUUGUGUUGGUUAUUUGGUUGUUGGUGUUUCUGUUCAUCUUCUUCUUGUUUCUAGUUUCCAACUUUUCUCAUCUUCAUCACCCAUUUAAUGGAUUUGGAAACAAAAUCAUAUUCAACCAUUAUUUCUUGAAUUCCAAUGUUAAAUUGCACUACCAUCGCCAGUUGGUACAUCAUUUUCAUCUUCAUCUCACCAGCAGGAGCAGGUUUUCUGCUGUCUAAGUGUUUUUUUUUUUUUUUGCCCCCACUACCCCCUUUUCUGUUUUUGAGUUCUUCCCCCUUUGUUGAGUUGUUUGACUGAUUCAUGUAGUUCCACCAAUCAUUUGUGAUGUGCCUAUAGACCGAGUUGUAACUGCAAUGCUACAUAUGUAUUCCUUGUUCGGUACACAGUGUGAUGUAACCAGCAACUCAUUUGUCUGUUCAAAAUUUUACGUGCUCACAUGUAUCCAUACAUAGUGUACAUAUGUUUUGCCAUAAAUUUUAAGACUAUGGAUUGUACUGUGAAUAUAGGACAUCAAUAUAGUAGUCCACUUUGAAUUAGCAAGGCACCUUUAUUGUAUUUUUACCUUUGAAUGACAGCAAAAAAACCUUAUAAUGCUACCCAAGUGCCAAAUAUUCACUUCUUUGUGUGUGUUCAGGAAGCUAGCUGGAAUACAUGACAAUACUACAACUUUGAUACCUACAUGUUCAAAUAUGAGGAAGGGCUGUUACAUUAGGGGUCCGUUAAAGGAGGAGUUCACAUUUCCUGCAAGUUCUGCUCCCUUCAAUAGUUGUCAUGCCUCUACCAUUGUUGAGGUGGGCAAAGAUCACUUUUUAGUUGCCUAUUUUGGGGGUACCAUGGAGGGGGCGCCUGAUGUGAAAAUUUGGUUACAGACAUACAAAGACGGUAGUUGGCAAUCACCCAUCAUUGUUGAUGAACAAUCUGAAGUUCCUUUGUGGAACCCUGUAUUAUUCAAACUACCAUCAGAGGAGUUGCUACUGUUCUACAAAAUUGGUCAAGAAGUUCAGAAAUGGAGUGGAUGCAUGAAGCGAUCGUAUGAUAAAGGUGUUACUUGGACAAAGAGAGAACAACUUCCUCCUGGUAUAUUAGGACCAAUAAAGAACAAGCCUAUCUUGCUAGAAAAUGGACUCUUGCUUUGUGGAUCAUCAGUAGAAAGUUGGAAUUCUUGGGGUGCAUGGAUGGAGGUAACAGCAGAUGUUGGAAGGUCAUGGAGAAAGUAUGGCCCAAUCUACAUUGAAAAUACACCUCUCAGUGUGAUUCAACCAGUCCCAUUCCAAACUGCAAAUGGGACAUUGCGUGUUCUACUCCGAUCCUUUACUGACAUUGGUAGAAUUUGUAUGUCAGAAUCCUAUGAUAAUGGCUUGAAUUGGGGUUAUGCAAAGCCAACUGAGCUCCCCAACCCAAACUCAGGUAUUGAUGGAGUUAAACUAAGGGAUGGCCGUCUCUUACUUGCUUAUAACACAAUCUCAAGGGGUGUGCUUAAAGUCGCUGUGUCUGAAGAUGAUGGUGACUCAUGGUAUGAUGUUAUUACAUUGGAGGAAAAUCCAGAAAUGGAAUUCUCCUACCCAGCAGUUAUUCAGGGUAGUGACGGAUUUAUUCACAUAUCUUACACGUACAAUAGAACACAGAUUAAGCAUGUUGUUCUUCAGCCAAAUUGAUGAAAGAAGCAUUAUUGAAGAAUUCAGAUGGUAUUUUCUUCUCACCAUUCUGUGGCCCAAUGAAUAAACAUGUUAUGUUUUUUAGUCUUUUUUUUUAAUUUAUUACACAUUCAAUAUUUGCUCAAAGCAUAAAAAACUGUGCUGCGUUUGUGAAGAAAUAUGAAUUUUCUUUUAGUCUGUCUUCUUCUUCUUCUUCUUCUUCUUCACACAGUUUCUGGUUUUCUAUAUUUGUUGCUCUAUUUGUUUUACAGAAAAUACUUUUUCAUAUUUUUUGGCAUUUGGUGUUAAGGAAAAUUGGUUAGAAGAAAACACUUUCCCAGUCAGAGAAAAUUAAUUCAUUGUCCAGAUUUUGGCAAACUCAUUAAAAUGCAAAGGAACUUAUAAAUGUUUGAUAUAAACACAUACACAUUAGUCUGCGGGUCACCAUCUGUUGCCACGAUUUUUCAUUUUGUGUUUUUUAUAGUCAACAACAAAUAGUAAAAAAGCCAAAUUUUUAUAGUCCAACUAUAUUUAUAGUAUUAUAAAUUGAAAAAAAAUUAAUAUUUUCUGCCAUACUCCAAGAAUUAGAGAAUAAUUUUACGUUAUUUUUCAGCAUUGCAAGUUGCAACCAAACAACAGAAAAUAUUUUUUUUUCCAUAUACAAGUUAUUUUCGGCAAAUAAAAUCGAGUCUUAGUAUUAUUGUUUUCUCUGAGUCUUUUUCUCUAAUAUGUGCCUAUUUAACCAUGCAAUUUGUUAGCGUUACUGUUAUCAGAACACUUGUGAUCAGCUUGCAUCCGUACUUGUGCAGGAUGAAAACAUGACUUCUAGUAUUUGACAAUAAGUUCUAGUGUUUGACAAUAUUCUUAAGUUCAUUUUGAUUUGGUUCGACUUUUUACUCAUUGCUCCAUUCUUUUAAUGUUUGGUUAUUUUGUUGGGCAAUGUUCUUUGGUGUUCUCAAAAUAUGCAUACAUUUAUCAAUAUCCAUCUACAUUUGACAUAAUUAAAGGAUUAUGCCUAGUGAUAUGAAAUUGCUGUGACUGAGAUUCUGAAUGGGUUAUAACUUGAAGCUACCAUAUCUUUGACAUCUUCUGUGGGGGACUGCUGUGAAGAAAUAAUGAAAAAAGGAUGAAGAUAGCUAUAAAUGAGAAAUUCAUAUCUCCCUUCCAGGAGACAUUUGAUGAUCAAAUUCACAAAUUUUCUAUGGAAUUGGAAGGCUCCAGUUCAUUAUAUAGAAAUGUCUUCAAUUUCUGAAUUGUCGUUUCUAUUGCUUUUCAUUUUUCCUGCUUGGAUUUAUUUUUUUCUUUAGUGGCAUGCUGUGGAAACAAGCUUCUUUGUAAAUUCAGAUUCGUGGCAGGAGAAUGUUAGCAUAUCUACGCAGAGUAUUAUUGAGAGAAUCUAAUUAAGAAGUUGCUCCUGGAUUCUUGAGUUUCUUUGGCAUUAGAAGAAGACGUAAUGGGAUCUUUUGAAUGUCAUUGGUCCAUCUUAUAUCCAGGUGCUUGGUUCAUGUUGGAUUGAGUGAUGGAAUAAUUUCCAUAAUUUGGUGUUGCAAGUUUCAGUGAGUAGAGUGUUUCAAGUCUAUCAAUUUAAUGAAUAGAGAUAUAUCACGGCUUCAGUUAUUCAGUACUAUGAGCUUGAAUUUUAGUAACCUGUGUGCUAUUUGCACACAAGUGUGUACAUGCACACCGGUAAUAUAGAAAUGAAACUGUUUAUGCAUCUAUGA